GCUGAGGCCCACGGGAGAGCUGCGGCUUCUCCGGCGCGGGGCUGGGUGUACAUCAGCCCCGGCAGGUCACAGCGCUGUCCGAGCGCGGCGGGCGGGCGGUGCCGCCGGGCAGGGGCUCGCCGCUGGAGGAGCCGGGCGGCGAGCGGAGCCCACCUGUUCUGUACCUGUCUGUUGCAGGCACUCACAGCUGUCGCGAGUUGGCCCCAAAUCACACUUCUGUUAGGAAAUCGCUGUAUCGAAGGCUACGUCAGGUUUUUUUGAUAAGCAGGCAUGGCUGUCACGCUGCAUACUGAUGUGGGAGAUAUUAAAAUUGAACUGUUCUGUGAGCGUACUCCAAAGACUUGUGAAAAUUUCCUGGCUCUUUGUGCUAGUAACUACUACAAUGGAUGCGUAUUUCACCGAAAUAUAAAGGGCUUCAUGGUUCAGACAGGGGAUCCAUUAGGCACUGGGAAAGGAGGUAACAGCAUCUGGGGCAAGAAGUUUGAAGAUGAAUUCAGUGAAUAUCUAAAGCACAGUGUCCGUGGGGUAGUUUCCAUGGCAAACAAUGGUCCCAACACCAAUGGAUCGCAGUUCUUCAUCACUUACGGCAAACAGCCACACCUGGACAUGAAGUACACGGUGUUUGGAAAAGUUAUUGAUGGUUUGGAGACCCUGGAUGAGCUGGAGAAGCUGCCUGUGAAUGAGAAAACCUAUCGACCUCUUAAUGAUGUUCGCAUUAAAGACAUUACAAUUCAUGCCAACCCUUUUGCUCUGUAGCCACAGAAUGCCUCAACACAUUCUUCAGAGACUGGUCAGAUCAUUCCCAAAUCAUGGGGUUUAAAGAGCCAUCAAGAAGGGUUACUUCUGCUGGAUCAUAUAUUUGCUCAUUGAAUGCAGAAUUUUCAGGAGCUGUGACAUUGUUUGGGAGUUGUCACAGAGAAGUCUUGCACUUCAGAAGCCAGGUUUUCCAAUGUAUCUUCCAGCAUUUUGAUUUUUAAACACUGUUUUUUAUACUUGUAAAGUAAAAAAAGAAAAAAACUUUAAUUUUUUUCCUA